UUUACAUAAACCACCAAAUUCACUUUUCAUAACACAUAAACUUCUUUCAUCCUUUGUUUCUCAUUCUCAUUUUUUUCAUCAUCCACACAUGGCAGCUAUAGAAGAGUUACCUUCUUCCAUUCCUCAACCUUCUUCCAAGGAAAAAGUGUUUCCAUCAAUAGAUGAUAUGAUGGAAAAGGGUUUAGGAAGAUUUGGUUGGUUAGAAGUUAUGCAGUGCAUUCUUGUUUCAUUUGCAUCAUUCUUUGAUGCACAACAAUCAUUCCUAACGAUUUAUACUGAAGAAUACCCGACAUGGCAUUGCACGAAUUCGACAUUAUGUAACUCAGAUUCUAAUAUCUGUAAUAUCCCUAAAUCUUCAUGGUCAUGGGAUGGACCGUCACACAAAACAGUGAUAUCACAAUGGAGUCUUGAAUGUGCCAGUAGCUUCGUUACUGGUUUACCGCAAUCUUCGUUCUUCAUUGGUUGCCUUUUCGGCUCGAUUCUUCUUGCAACUUUAGCGGAUACGUCACUUGGAAGAAAGAACACGCUUGUUAUGUCUUGUUUAUCAAUGUCUAUAUUUUCAAUUCUCAUAGUUUUCUCUACCAAUAUUUGGAUUUACUCUGCUUUUAAAUUCGUGAUUGGCUUUCUGCGUUCCUCAAUCGGAACUUGUGUUUUAGUUUUGCUCACUGAGAAAGUAAGUACAGAAUGGAGGUUCACCGUUGGUAUUUUCGAAUUCGUCUGCUUUUUAUUAGGGUAUAUGUCUCUGCCUGGCGUAGCUUAUGUCAAUAGAUUUAAUUCGUGGAGAUUGGUUUACGUCUGGACGUCGGUUCCUGCUAUUUGUUACUCGGUUCUCGCUUAUAUCUUUGUUACCGAGUCUCCAAGGUGGCUUCUAAUGCAAGGAAGACAUCAAGAAGCUAUGGCAAUGCUUACAGGAGUUUCUUCAUUAGAGAGUGGGAAUGAUUUGACAGUAGCUUUAAUAGAAGCUCCGGUGAAUAAACAAAAGGCUUCAAUUUUCCAACUCUACUCGUCGAUAGCCGAGUUGUUUGGGAUAGGUUGGGCUUUAAAGAGAGUUGUGGCGGUAAUGGUGCUUGGUAUUGGAAUUGGAAUGGUGUAUUUUGGUAUGCCAUUAGCAGUUGGGAACUUAGGAUUCGACAUUUACUUGGCCGCUGUGAUCAAUGCCUUGAUGGAAAUACCGGCUUGUGUGGCUACCUAUUUCUUAGAGAACUGCAAAAGAAAACCAUCAAUUCUUGUAUUUUCUGUAGCGAGUGGCGUAUGCUGUAUAAUGUGUGUAGUUGUUGGAUCGGGAAUACAAGAAAUUAGAGUCGGAUUAGCAAUGACAUCGUUUUUCUGUGCUUGCACAGCUUUUAAUGUGUUUCUCAUUUACAUUCUUGAGCUAUUUCCAACAAGUGUGAGGAACACCACAACAUCAUUGGUGAGACAAGCUGUUGUUUUCGGUAACAUUUUCACCCCCUUUUUGAUAUCUAUUGGGAGGAAAAAUGACAUUUACUCUUACGGCGUGUUUGGAGUAGUUAUCAUGCUGUCGUGUUUUACGUUGCUUGGUUUGCCAGAGACGAGAGGAUUAGCUUUUAGCGAUACCAUGGAUCAACAAGAGAAGAAAGACGAUAUGUCGGGAUGAACUGUCUGUCUACUAUGUUUUUAGUUUUUGAAGGGAGUACUUCCAUAAUGGUGAUCUAAUCUAAUGCAUAAAAUUGAUGAAAGCUGUUUGUAGUAGAGUUUAGUGUGUAUGAUAUGUUUCUGUUUUAGUCCCUCAAGCUUGAGGUCUCUCUAUGAUGAUGAGUUUGACAGUUACACUUUGAGCUUCAACAAUCGAUCACAGUAAAUGCAUAUGCACCAAACAAACACACAUAAGAAACAUGACAGUACAUGUUGAACCUUGUCAUCGCUCAGCACAUGUUGCAAGUUGUUGUCAUGACUCAGCACAUGUUGCAAAUUGUAGAAGUAAUUCAUUUGACUAACAUAAUAAUAGACCAAGGUAUCACUAUCUAUCUAUAAUAAUGAGUCAUCCCAAAUUGACACUAUUCUCAUUAACGGGGAAGCCUACCAAAAUUUAUUGAAUAAAAACAGAAAUGAAAUGUCAUAUUCAGUAAUAAUUUGGUCUUUGUGUACAA